AAUGAUCUCGAUGAAAAUCAAAACUACAAGCAUUUGUGGAUAGAAUGUGAAAAUUGUUAUGGAUUAAAUUAUCAGAAAUUGUUUCAAUCCAAAAUGAAUAUUUGUGAGCACUGUGGAUAUCAUUUGAAAAUGAACAGUUUAGAUAGAAUAGAACUUUCGAUUUAUCAGGGUACUUGGAAUCCUAUGUAUGAAGACAUGGUCUCUCUAGAUCCCAUUGAAUUUCAUUCAGAAGAAGAACCUUAUAAAGAUCGUAUUGAUUCUUAUCAAAGAAAAACAGAAUUAGCUGAGGCUGUUCAAACAGGUACAGGUCAACUAAACGGUAUUUCUGUAGCAGUGGAGAUUAUGGAUUUUCAAUUUAUGGGAGGUAGUAUGGGAUCCGUAGUAGGUGAGAAAAUAACUCAUUUGAUCGAAUAUGCUACCAAUGACCUUUUACCUCUUAUUCUAGUAUGUGCGUCCGGAGGAGCACGUAUGCAAGAAGGAAGUUUGAGUUUGAUGCAAAUGGCUAACCCACCCUAA